ACUUAGUUCCAUAGCGUCAGGAUGCAGUAGAAACUUAUUUAUUGGUCGCACAGACGUCGACCCUUUUUCGUUUCUAAUGGCAACGCGUCUUUAAUAUGGCCACCAUUGAUGGCCAAAUUGCCCUGCAUUGCUAAAUGGAAUUUCUUAUGACAAGUGGGACAGAGGAGAAUGGAAGACAACAGUUGUCUGGGAAUUACGAAGAGGAUUCAUUUGAAACGUGGCCAAGUUCCGAAAGCAGCAGCAGCAGUAGCAGAGCUUUGAGAUUUGCAGGAGACACAUAUGAGUCCUGUUCUACUGAAUUUGAAAGGACAAAGAGUAACAGGAGUGAGUCAUUCAAUUCAUUUUGCUCUAAUGAAGGAUUCGACUCGCAGAGAGAAAGACUGGCAUCAUCUGAAAGAGGAUAUGAAGAUGAAAAGUUUGAGCAGUACAACGAAAACAAGAUCACAGCUGAAGAAGAGUUCAGUAGAAAACGAAUUCAGGUUUUGAGGAAUAAAGCCUCCCCGUCGAGCCCAUCCCAGAAACAACGAUCAAACAUCCUUCCCCAAAAGGAUGUACGAAAACUGGGCCCAGACGAGAGGGAUGCUUUGAAGUUGUAUUGCAGAACAAGGAUCAGAAAUGUUCAGCAACAGCAGAAACCAAACGAGUCCGGAUGCAGCGUGGAAAGAAGUAUGCAGAAGGCAGCAGGGCUGUCAGGGGAACACUUAGUUUGUGUAAUCCCCCAGCAGGUCUUUGAGAGGCUUAGACUAAAAAGUUUCACAGCGGCAAUGAAAAAGGGUAUAGAAGCAAAGAUGCAUCAGCCUUCAAGAUGUCACGCCUGUCAGAAUAAAAGAGCUGAUCUUGCGAGAGACACUUUCAUCAGAAUAAAGAAAAAUCAGCUUGAAUCACUGCUUCUCAAAGAGAAAAUAGAAGGAACCAUAUAUACCAAAGGCUCUGUUUGCCUUGUAGGAGAAGUACUGAAAGACCUUCCAAAACUUUCUGAUGAUCCCAGCAAGAUUUGGCGAGCACUAAUUGAAAAGGAACAAACUAAUACCCUGAAAAACUUUGUAUGAAUCAGCUUUUCAAAUACCAUUAAAUUCACUGUAUAUUAAAUGAAAAUAAUAAACACUGCUGGGAAGAAAUUUUA